GUGCAUCGGAUACAAACGGGUGGAUCCAUCACGAGGAGGCAGGCAUGACGAGGACGUGCUAGGACGCGGCCACGUGUGGAUUGCGAUCGGUGACUGUCGGGAGGGCGAAGAGCAGAUCCAGUGACUGGCGACUGACUCGAGUCGAGAAACGCCAACUCUCAUGCAGCAAAAUGACUCGGAAUCAUUCCAUUUGCCGUCGAAGGCCUUGGAGUGAAGUGGCCUGUCCACGUGACCUGCCGCGGGAGAGUCCGAGACGAUGGAACGAUGGAGCGUGAGCGCGACGUUGGCACCACGAGCGCCUAAUUUCGAGCUCGUGCGCGCCUCGUCGUCGAAGAGGAGCUUCAAUCCGAAGGGCUCGCGGGGCGGCAGCAGCAGCAGCGUUGGCGUCGUCGGGCGGAGGAAUUCUGCGUCGAGGGUCGUGUCGUCGACCGGAUUCGGUGGAGUUCGCGCGAGCGCGAGCGGCAGGAGGUUCGGGCCUCGGAUUUGGGCCAUGGGGACUUCCACGCAAAUCAAAGACGGCGUGGAGCUGAAGGUCUUCGAGAGCGUGCAGGAUUUGGGCGACGAUCUGGCCGAUUACGUCGCGGCCCUUUCGAAAUGCGCCGUCGAGGCCCGCGCGGCCUUUAGCAUCGUUCUGUCCGGCGGCUCUCUCAUCAGCACCAUGGGGAAGCUGACUGAAGAGCCAUACCUUGGAAGCAUCGACUGGGCUCGAUGGCAUGUGUUUUGGGCCGAUGAGCGUGUCGUCCCUCUCGAUCAUCCCGACAGCAACUACAAGCUCGCUCUCGAUGGACUGCUGUCGAAGGUGCCCAUUCCACCUGGUAACGUGUAUGCCAUCAACGACAAGCUUUCGCCUCAAAAAGCUGCCGAGGACUACGAGCUGGGAUUGAAGCAGCUGGUGAAGAAGAAUGUUCUGCGUUUGGAUGAAGCCGGAGAGUAUCCCCGUUUUGAUCUCAUACUCCUUGGGAUGGGACCUGAUGGACAUCUUGCUUCUCUGUUCCCUCACCAUCCUCUGGUUUCGAAAACAGACACGUGGGUUGCUUCCAUCGAGGACUCACCAAAACCACCACCCGAGAGGAUCACACUCACCCUCCCGGCCAUCAAUGCUGCAGAAAAUGUGGCCUUCGUGGCUACGGGGUCAGGGAAAGCGGACAAAUUGAAGCUAGUUUUUGGUGGGGAUUUGCCUUUCGGUGAAGUUCCCGCAAAACUCGUGAGCCCUGUGAGCGGAAAGCUCGUGUGGUUUGCCGACAAGCCUGCAGUUGCCAAGCUGUGAAGUGAGCGCAUUUCAUUUCUGUUACAGGCUGGCUGCUACGAGGACAUUUUUGCAACAGACGAUCCGUCAACCUUUUCUUUUUCAAGUUUUGAGGUCAUAUUAUCAUCGCCAGUGGGUUGCAAGCCCUAUCCCAACAUAAGUUGAGAAAAGUUUCCCAACAUUUUUCCGGGACUACUCUGUCACAACACGAAUAAAGAAAUGUACAUUACCGA